AUGGAGCACGAAUGCAUUCUGUGUUGCCGUGUAAAGGCAGAUCCGGACAUGUGCGGGCCAAAACUGAGAUAUCAGGGGAUCUAUGCUCAUCACCUUUGCCUGCUUUUUGCCAGUGACCUUCGUCCACAAGGGACCGAGCAGGAAGAAGUGAUGGAAUUUCUUCCUGAAGAGGUUGAUCGUACAGCCAAGCUGGCAGCCCGGAUGGUCUGCUUUGUGUGUGGCAAGAGGGGGGCCACCAUCACCUGCCAGGAGACGGGCUGCGACCGCAGGUUCCAUCUCCCCUGUGCCGUGGAGGGUGAAUGCGUCACCCGUUACCUCCUGCCGUACAGUUCCUUCUGCUGGGAGCACCGCCCACAGCAGCAAGAGCUGGCGGCUCCAGAGGACGCCAACUGCCUCAUCUGCAAGGACCCUGUGGAAGGCAGAACCACCUAUGGGACCAUGGUGUGCCCAGCAUGCAAACACGCCUGGUUCCACAGGGCCUGCAUCCAGGGACAGGCUAUGAAUGCUGGCGCUUUUUCCUUGGUGUGCCCUCUGUGCCAAAACAGGAGACUGUUUCUAACAGAAAUGCUCUCCAUGGGGAUCCGACUCCCCGUAAGAAAAGCGUCAUGGGAAGACAACGAUGCAUCCACAGAACGGCAGCAGAGGCACGCGAGCUGCGAUGCCAGGGAGUGCCUUUGUCCAGGAGGCAGGCGGGUGGCUGAGCAAAAUGGGCCCUGGCAGCUGUUCCUGUGCCGCUCCUGCGCUGCUGAGGGCACUCACAGACGCUGCUCGAACCUGACAAACAGCUAUGAGGGCAGAUGGCAGUGUGACAGCUGUGCUGGCCUGGGCACCUCCAAGUGUCAAAGCACCCGGGUGACCCUGGGCUGGGGCCAGGGGUCAGCGUCGGGCCCAAGCUCCCUAUGCACGGCCCAGAAGACGCUCCCAGGGCAGCCACACACCAGCAGCUCGAGCUGGGAGGAGCCCCCGCAGACUGGCUGCGCCCAGGCGGUCCCAGGGCUCACGCGAACGUGCGAGCCACAGCCACAGCACAACAAGACAGCGGCCAUCAGCGUCAUCCCGUGGCUCCAGAACACGUCAAAGAGACAGCGCCUCAGGAUCCACGGGGCCCGUGCAGGUGUGAGACCGCUCCCGCUCGCAACGCCGGGUCCAAACUCCCAACACGCGGCGCAAAAGACACCGUUAGAGCAGCCACACGCCAGCACCACGUGCAAAGAGGAGCACAUGCAGACGGGCUGUGUCGGGGCUACGCCAGCGCUCCCCAGCACGUGCUAG